AUAAAUACCAUUCAACAUACUCAAUGUAGCUCAUUUUUUAUCUUAUUUUGUGAUCUCAGAAUCAACCUCUCUUAUUGUAUGUACAUCCACCUAUACAUAUACAUACAUACAUACAUCAUACUUUGUUCUGUCCUUCUUGAAACAGGUAUAAUUUGAUAUUUAAUUUAAAAAUAAGUAAUUUAUUUACCCACGACAGCAGAUGAUACGUUGACAUUAUUGGAGGAGUGUUUGCUAUGAUAUAAUUGUAGAUCGGCUCUGUAGAAUUUUUAAAUUCCGUUACGAGAGAGUCCAAAGUGGAAGUGAAAAAUAUCUGCCUGUUGAGGUUACGUUGACUAACGUUAAAAGAUCGUCAUCUACUGCAAUAUUAAAAGGGUUCUUUACUAACGCACUAUGGCAUCCAAAGUCACUUUUAAAAUAACUUUAACUUCGGAUCCCAAACUACCAUUUAAAGUACUGAGUGUACCAGAAACUGCACCAUUUACUGCUGUAUUGAAAUAUGCUGCUGAAGAAUUUAAAGUAACAGCAGCAACAUCAGCUAUUAUAACUGAUGACGGAAUUGGUAUUAAUCCGCAACAAACUGCAGGUAACGUGUUUCUUAAACAUGGAUCUGAACUAAGAUUGAUUCCUAGAGACCGAGUUGGCGAAACUAGAUGAUUUCUAACAUCGAAUCGUAAUUGCGCUUCAUUUUUCAUAUAAAAAUUUAAAUAAUAAUAAAUUGAAAUUCAUUUUAAUAUACGAUAUCUAUAUGAAAGUAUAUGCAAUGUUGGUAACAAUAAGUUUUACACGCAUAUAAGCAUAGAUAUGCAAUAAUGAAAACAUUCCAACAUACCAUUCUU